AUGGAAAACAAGUUCUUGAAGGUGAAAGGGGCAAAGACCAUGCUGGUGUCUGCUUUUUUGGAUCACCGUACAACAAGAAGAGAGGUUAGUGGAGAGAACAGGGUCCAUCAGGCUUGGCUUACAUUUUAGUUUUGGUGUUCAGUCCUCAUUCUCUUCUCCCCUUUUUGUCAGGUACGUGUGAGUGCAGUAGUGCUGAGGAAAGAGGAAGCAGCCUAUCACUGUUACCUCUGCUGUGAUGGGCAACUUCACCUUUCUGACGGUGUUCUAGACAUCAACGGAUAUCACUUUUACUUUGACUACGGGGCUGCAUACAUCAUGUGUCCUCUUCCUGCUGGCUGCAAAACAGCAUCUUAUAUUGCUGUGGCCUCUGACCCAGCUGACUCUGAAGGUGACAAAUCAUGUUUAUUACUUUUUGUGACAACCUGUAAGAUAAGCAGUACUGAAUUAUUGGACAAUUGUUUGUUGAGGCACACACUUUCCAGGGAUGAUGGACUCCAGACGGAUAAAUUGGCUCAAGUUGCAAAAAUGUUGCUUGAUUCACUUUCACUUGGUAUCCAUGACCUGGGACUUGAUUUAAACUUGAGACACAAAGUAGUUGACUUUCUAUGAUUUAUUCUUUGGUGGCAUAGUUUAGCAUUCAAGAUGGCAGCAUGUCUGUGUGUUUGAGAAAGACAUCACAGCAUUUACACUGGCUGCAUGUUAGCUGCAUAACAGUUGUGGGAGUUAAUGAUAUCAACUUUGUAUCUUUUUUUUUUAAGUUUAACCCCAAAUAAGAUCGUGAACUACCCAUUAUUAAAAAUGUUUUUGAUUUGAAAAGUCAUCUGGAUCUGAAGAAAUAUGUGAUCAACUAUAGUUUGUGUUCAUUGCAAGGUUAAAAUAAACCUUUAAUCACUUUUAACUUAACAGGUCAUUUGACACGCAAUACCAUUUCAAAGAUUGGACACAGUUUCUCAUUUAAUGGAUUUCUCUAAUUUUCAUUUUUUUCUAUAUAGUAGAUUAGACAUCAAAAAUAUGAAGAACAGCUAUAGAAUUAUGUUGUCAACAAAAAUAGUUCAACAAACUGGUAUAAUAAAUUAAAAUAAGGAAAUCAAUCGAAUGAAAAGGUGGGUCCAAACUUUUGACUGGUACUGACUUGGUAUCUUGUCUAUCUUUUUUUCUUUUCUGUUGUAACUUAAAGAUGUGAAAGAGUUUCUUGAGGUGAAGAACCAGGAAGCAGUAAAUGACUCCUUUCCUUACAACUUCACCGUCUGCAUGUCUACUAUGUUUGAGUUUGACAACAUGCUACAGGUACUGUCUGUUAUGCUAACUGCCUUUAUUUUCAAAAAUGUCCAAACUUGAAGCCUUUUUUAUUUUUUUUUAAGUACAGGCAGUGUUGUGUGUGAAGACCUUCAAAUGGACAUAUAUUUAGUGAAUAGGCUCAGGUUACUGAAAUAGUGAUCGGAACUUCCCAACCCUGUGCUACAGUAGCCAAAGAUGGAUUUACAGUACCCAGCAGGCAUUGAGCACAGCUAAAGCAACCAGUAAUGCAGAUGAAGCUGAUGGGGCCAACCCCUGUAAACAAUUGAAAAAGUUUAAUGAACAAAUUACAAUGAGCUGAACACUUGUUUGGUUUUACAGAGGUGUGACUUUCUGGAAUCAAGUCAAGUAAUCUCACCGCAGAACUUUUGUUUUAUUCAAGCUGAUCCAGAGUUUGGAGAUGAAUCAGUUACUGGGAGUGAACAAAGUUGCCAUCUACAAGACCAGCCACAGCCCUGAAAUAAAGCAUUUACUCAACUACUACAUAAAAAAAGGUGAGGCAUGGAGGACGUGGAGGAUUUUUUGUCAAAGGUAAAAGCUGGGGCUGUCACUUUUCACCUGAAAUCUAAACCAUCAUUCAAACUCUACGGGAAAAAUGUAUAUUUGAACUAUAUGACCCAUUCAAACUCUUAAUAAUUCAGUAGACCAGCACAUCAGGCCACCUGUGUAGCUCUCUUUAUGAUCCAGUGAAAGUUGCUCUCAUUAUUACCUGGCCUACCCAUGCACCUUUGACCUUAGUAAACUAAUACAAUAAUGUUACUGUACAAAAAUGGAGGAGGUGGUCAAGCAAAGCUGCAUUGAGUAGACUGUCAUGACACAGAAACAUUUGAGAAGCGCAGUAUAGAAGCAUUGCCAUCACUCUUUGAAUUUUAGUGUCACAUAUUUUUUAUUUAAUGUCCCUGUCAUAAUUUCAAUCCCAAAUACCAUAAAUUUAGUUUUCUCUAAAUUAACUAACAAUCUAUUCACAUUAAACCAAGUUUUGAGGCUCUUCAGUUCUCAUUCAAAAAGAUGACAAAAAAUUCUCAUUUUUUCCUAAAACUCUGUGUGCUUGAUCAUCGAGGGUUUUCCUGGUCUAUUCAUUCAUUUUAAUUCACCAACCUUGAUAACGCCUUUACUGAAAGAUCCCAAUUUAUCCUAUUCCAACCCCCCAGAACAGAACUUCUUGAGAUCUGUGAGAGUGCAGGAAUUCUCCUCUAGUCUAGCACUGUCAGAUAGGGGAGACCAGGGCUUGUUGUCACACUUUUUACACUCUUAUAUAUUUCUUGGAAUCAAUACAAAGUAUAUAAACAAAAUGUGUACCAGAUGGAAGACCAAAGUCUCAGGUUUAUAAUUUGUGUUCAUGUCAUUUUCAUAUCUUCUGUUAGUGCAGAGUUAUAAGCAAUCAAAUAGAGAGUGUGAACAUGUGACAUGUCGCCCCACUAUCAGGUCAGUUGUCUCACUACGUGGGGUAAGAUGUCACAGUGGAUUUUGCAGCUAAUAAAACAAGGACAAAAUUAUUAUUCUUAUUUUUUUACUUGAAAGUGAACAUCAAAGCCAGGCACAGAAAAUGUUUAUCAUUGGGCUAGAAAAAGUCAUUGAACACAGCCAUUGAACAAAUGUUAACAUAAAAUAUUAUGCAACAUGCUCUGGAGUUUGGAGAGUUGUCUGACUCAUACGCUAAGGUAUGGUAGCUGACAAAAAAGUCCUUUAUUUUACUCCAAAUUGAUUUAUUAGCUAGAGUUACCUGUCUGACUGCCCUCAGCAUCACCGGGGGGUAGAUAUGUAAGAUAUGGGAACUGCACUGACACGCUCUGUUUUUCUUUUGAAAUUCCUGACCAUGUCUUCUCGCUUUCUCCUCUCCUCUAAACCACUCUUUUCCUGUAAAAAUAAAGUAAAAGCUUCAAUAUGACAACUGCUGAUAAACAGACUCUCUGUGUAUAUUUGAAUCCAUUUUAAACAUGUGACAAAGAACCCCAAAAUGACUGAGACAUGUUGCCCCAAACUACCAAGCGUGCUAAUUAGAGCUCUAGCUUAAAGUUAUCUUAAAACAGAACAAUGUCUAAGGUAUGAGAGGAUGCCUUAAUCUCUCCUCUAACAAGUCCAUAUGUUUCACUGCUGGGAUUAGAGAGAAGCUUAUUUCAAAAUAUACAAAGGUUUUUACUUUUGGUUGUGCGAGACGGUUAUUUGGCGCUCAUCUCAGCUUACAAUGUGCUCUUCUCUUCUCAGACAGGACAUGACCCCUGACCAUGUAAAGGAAUAAGAAUGGUAUUCCACUUUUUAGUUGCACUCUCUGGUGGCAAAGAUAAUUGCAAUGUGACAACUUACCCAUGUGACAACAAGCCCCGGUCUUCCGGUCUCCCCUACAUACACACACACACAUGACGCACACACACACACACACACACACACACACACACACACACACACACACACACACACACACACACACACACACACAGUAAAAAUAUCAGUCAAGUAGGAAACCACCCCAAAUUAACAUGAAAAAUAACAAAUUUAUUCCUGUGUCCUUAUAAAGAUGCUUAAUUUUACUCUUACUCUGGGAUGUCUAACACUUACACUUGACACAAGUCUUCACCUAAAGUGGCAACAGGCUUAUGUGGUUUUGGGACAAUAUUUUAUUUUCCCGUCAUCAGGACCAUUCCUGGCGUCAAGACCAGCAUCUGGCUAACCCAUGAUGAGUUGUGAAACCUGAUGUCUUUUUUUAAUUAAUUAAAGGUGGGGUAGGCAGGAUCUGAGAAGUGCCAGUUUUUGGGAAAAAUCUCGAAUGUAAACACUACCCCUCCCAACCAGUUUUCCCCUCAGCUCCUCCUCUCCCCUCCCUCUCUGCUCCAGCAAGCCUCGCCCACAAACAGACGCUCUCGCUCGCUUGUAUCGUAUCAAUUAAAUUCAGGUAUAAUGCAGAUAAAUACUUCAGAUAAUUACAAAUGGGGCCCAGUCAAUGUGAAAGUAAACAGCAUUGGUGCUACUGUAGAUGCCAACAGACUACCAGCAAACACAAUGUUUGCAGGACUUCUACAACCAGGAUAAAGUGACAUAGUCCAGGACCCGAGGUCAACAGUUUAGCGGCGCUACAACACGCAGCAGGUCCCGUUUGACAAGAAACACUUCUGUUACAGACACUUGGCUUACUUUGUUAUAGCGGUUUACCUGUCCAGCAGAAAGGUUACAGGGUCCGUAAAAUCCCAAAGCGUCCCCCAGCAUUGAUGUUGACCCGGCUUUUUAGCUCGUGUUCUGUCUACCUCCUUUUUAAGUGCUUGUUUUUCCACCAGAGUCUCUGUAUUUACUUUGUUUUCCCGCUUGCUUUGGUUGUUGUGGCCAAAGGAGGAUUCAGACAAUUUUCUGUACUUUCUGGUUGGUUGUUUUCUACGUCCCAUAUUGUCGCACACUAACAGAAACUGAUUGCAGUUGCUGUUUUGCAUCUAUAUAUUUAGCACGUUUUAAAGGCACGUGCAAACUGGCACAGCAUUAUUCAUGGUCAUUGUGAGGAGAAGGAGGCAGAAGUGCAAUGAAAGAUGAUGGAGAGUCAAAGUCUUCUGUGCAUGUGUCAACAUAUUUGGACUGUCAGAAAUAAAAAAUAGUUGAGUAAUAGUAAUAGUAAUGAUUUUCCUACGUCUGACGGUUUUAUAAAAAAAGUCAAACACGGAACACAUGAAAAAAAAAUAUCUGUCAUUGAUUUUAAAUUGUUUUAAUCUGUUUUCUGAUUUCUAAAAUAGUUUCUUGCAUCUAUAAAGCACUUUGAAUUGACUUGUGUAUGAAUGGUGCGAUACAAAUAAACUUGCCCUGCUUGCCUUUUAUGCAGUUCCCUAAAACGAUAUGUGCAACUCCAUGGCUUCAAACUUCAUUUUUCAUCAAAGAUCACUCUGCUCUCACAAACUUUCCAUGGUGACGGCUAAUAGCGCAUGCAAAAUCCUUGUUUAAAAAAAACCAUUCAGGAUCCGUCUUGAGAGCGUUCCAGCGACAUAGUGCAGCCCCAGUCAGUGAGGAAAAGAAGAAAAAGAGGAAACAAUGUGCUCACAACAGGUUGUUUUGCCUUUCUGUGGUUGAUUUCCUGCUAAUUUGGAUAACCAAAUCCCCAGAACUACUUUUCCUUUAUACUAUGUAAAGACAGAGUCCGGUUUGAGAGCUGACAUGGUAGCAAGCCUGUGAAUUACUUCACCAUAAUCCAAGACAAGUAAAACACUGCUUCAAUAAACUUCGGAAAACUGCCUCCUACUCAGCAACUCAAAGACAGAGGAAAUUAUCACAGACUGUCUUAACUGUUUUAUAACUUCUCAAUUGUUUUCUGUCUUCACAGGUUUUGUAGAUGUGAUUGCUUGGCCAAUAACCAAAUAUCUGACGGUAUCACGAUCCUGGCUCCCUAGCCUUAGUCCAGGAGAAAUCCACUAUUUUGGCCAGAUUCCUGCUCUCAAUGACUGCGUUUACAGAUACAUGUACAAAUCCAAGUACAUAGUCCUGAUUGAUGUUGAUGAGCUCAUACUACCCCAGACAGUAAACAGGUAACACCAAAUAAAUGAGACAAGAUAUGUAAGAUAUGUAUGCCUUUGUCCCUGAGAAAAAUUAGUUGGUUUCCAUGAAAAUGUGUGAUGUUUUAGAGUUUAUAUACAAUCCAUCCAUUAACAUUUGCAUUUCAUUCAAGCUUGUGUGUAAAAUUACUGAAUAUAUCUACAUGCAAUGUGCCUCCUUUCAAGUAGGAGCUCCUGAUUGACUUUUCACAUCAAAUACCAAAACAAUUUACCACCAAGUUAGCGUUGGCACUGAAAGCCCCAGCAGAUGGCACUAUUUGGGCCCAUGUAGGUACACCCUGCAUGUGCAGAUUCAUCCUAAUUUUAUUUUUAUUUUUUUUUGUGGAAGCAUAUGAUAGCAGAAGUUACAGGGAGUUUUAAUCACAGAACCAUAUGACCCUUGAAUUAAAACUUGAGGGUCCUCCACACCACAAAUCAAAAAAAAAAAAAAAAAAAUCCCAGGUCCUCACUUAGGCUUUACUGUUUAGGGGACUACAAUUCCUAAAUCCCAAAUGCUCUCUAAUGGUUCUUUCUUUUGUCUGGGACUUUUUGCUUUCCAUAAUAUUCUUAAUGGCGCUUGGCAUGAAGAGCAUUGAGUGACCAUAAACAAAUUUGUGACAAAAUGCACUAAAUGUGCGAUGGAGAAAAUGUAAAACCAGUGUAUUCUUAUUCAUUCUUUCUCUAGUUUGUGGGAACUGUUGCCACUGCUGGAACGUGAACAUGGCGUAGACGAGUGUUACAGGAUCCGUAAUACUGUGUUUCCCAAGAAUAUCGAGCUGCCUCUUCCCUCCAACAAAACACUUCCCCCUCAUAGCCACUGGCACAAAGUUCCUGGUGUGAACAUCCUGGCUCACCUCUACCGAGUCCCUGAUCAUCCCUCCACUGAAUAUCCUCAAAGGAAGUUCAUUGUCAACCCUCGAGUUGUAUUUUCAACAUCUGUGCACCAGCUGGUGAAUCCACACAGCAUCUGCAAAGAGGUCGACGCCAAAUUAGCACGAUUGUGCCAUACAAGGUGAGCUUAUGGUUUUGUCCUUCCUAUUUUUUUUUUUUUUUGGUGCUUAACAAAUUCUUUUAUUGUUGACCAACAAUCAUUAGCCUUUAAAACUCAACAGAAAUACCAGUAAAUAUCGUCCUUUAAAUAUAUGAAAUAAUUAGAGUAAGAAGAAUAAGAAGAACUUUAUUGAUCUCCGAAGGGAAAUUCAAUUGUCUGUUGUCUCACGUAAUAUGUCUAUAAAAGUUAUCUAUUAUUUACAUAAGAGUUAUAAAGCCUGAUGGCUGUUGGUACAAAAGAUCUUCUAAAUCUUUCUGUCCUGCAGCGAAGAGAGAGGAGCCGUCCACCACCAUUUGCCCUUUGGUCCAUCAAGGUGUUGUGUAGUGGGUGAUCCAUGUUCUUGAGAAUAGUCUCCACUUUCCUCAGUGUAGAUCUCUCCACCACAUCAUCCACUGAGUCCAACUUGAGUCCUACAACAGAGACAGCCUUUUUCACCAGUUUGUUAAGACGUCUUGCAUCUUUGUGUUUGAUGCUUCCUCCCCAGCAGACUGCAGCGUAGAACAGCACACUUGCCACCACAGACUGAUAAAACAUCUGCAGCAUCUUACUACAGAUGUCUAUUGAUCAGAGUCUUCUCAGGCAAAAGAGGCGGCUCUGCCCCUUUCUGUAGAUGUAGUCUAUAUUCUUAGACCAGUCCAACUUAUUAUCCAGAUGUACACCUAGGUAUUUAUAUGAUGUCACCACUUCGAUGUCCACUCCACAGGUGUUCACUGGUUGAAGAGGGGGUGUGGAUCUACGAAAGUCUAUGACCAUCUCCUUUGUCUUUGAAGUGUUGAGGAGGAGGCAGUUUUUGUGACUCCAGUCACUAGCUGCGUUUCCAUUACCCAUAGAUUUGCGCAAAACGUAAAUAUCGCAAUAGAAAACUGGUAAUGGAAACACCUACAUUUCGAAAAACCUCCCAAAUAUCGCUAAAAAGUUUUUACGCUCUCAUGAGGUGGUUUUUCAGAAGUGUCGAUAUAGAAGUAUAUCGCAAAAGUGUAAUGGAAACGCUUUUCUCGCAAUUCUCUGUCACCGGACGUGAUGUAGCGGGUCAAGUGACCAGUUCAUUUCAAGCGUAGAUGGAACGGUAUAUGUGGACGGGAGAGGAGACGGACUUAUUUCUGAAGUUUUGAAUUGUAUUUGUAUUUUUCUGAAGUUUUGAAUCCACAAUUCGUCUGUGAAUUCCUCAUUAACGAUCCUCUCGCAGAAAUCCCUCAUCCGUGUUCGCUACCAUACAUACGAGCUUUGCCUUUGAAUUAUCACCCGCUGCCUUCGUCUUCUGAUGACAGCAGCGGCAACAGCAGUAAUGGUCACAGAAAUAGCUGCUCCAAAACGAAAAAUGUUUUGUGUCUCGUCCAUGUUGGUGUGCAAAAAGGCUUAAGGAAUACGAGGUCGCACGGGCAGGAAGUUUACCUUGUUGCUAGGCAACGGCCAUUUAAACACGGCUCGCGAGAGGCAGACGGCUCGCUUAUGCACUGAACACCAUUCAAUGGAAACACCCGCAAAUCGCAAUUGUACUUUGUCGAAAUUUGAUAAACAUCGCUUUUAUUUUGCGAAAAAAUGUAAUGGAAACGCAGCUUCUGAGGGCUCUUCUAAGAUCUCUGUAUUCAGCUUCUUGUCCAUUUCUGAUACAUGCCACAAUAGCGGUGUCAUCUGAGUAUUUCUGGAUGUGGCAGGACUCAGUGCUGUAUUUGAAGUCUGACGUGUACAGUGUGAACAGGAAUGGCGCCAGCACAGUCCCUUGUGGAGCCCCUGUACUGCUCAUUAAUGUCCCAGAAACACAGUUCCCCAGCCUGACAAACUGUGGCCUUCCUGUCAGGUAACCUGCGAUCCAGGAAACACAGGAAGGAUCCACUCCCAUCUCUGUGAGCUUGUCUUUGAGUAUGGUGAGUUGGAUGGUGUUGAAUGCACUUGAAAAGUCGAAGAACAUGAUCCUCACAUAAACCACAGGUUCCUCCAGAUGAGACAGGGCACAGUGAAGCAUGUAGAGGACAGCAUCAUCUACUCCAAUGUGUUCUUUGUAUGCAAACUGCAGGGAAUCCAGUUUGUCUUUGACCUCAGACUUCAGAAGGCGUAGAAUCAGCCGCUCCAGGGUUUUCAUGAUGUGUGAAGUGAGGGUCACUGGUCUGUAGUCAUUGAGUUCAGCAGGAAAUUUUGUUUUUGGUACUGGCACAAUGCAGGAUGUUUUCCACAGAGCAGGUACCCGCCCCAGCUGUAGACUCAGGUUGAAGAUCUUGCGGAGAGGUUGACACAGUCUCUAAGCAGCCUUGGACACACACCAUCAGGACCAGCUGCUUUCCCAAGACAAAGUCUUUGAAGCUCCAUCCUCACCCCUGUUUUGGUGACAGACAAGGACUGGUGUUCUAGGAGGGAGGCAGUUGAAGUGGUUGAGACAUUUGAAUGAGAUGGAGGAGGAAGGGGAGAAGUUGUAGUGGUGAUUUGUUGCGGAGAGGGAGGUGGAAUAGCAGUGGAAGUGGAAGUGACAGCAGUGUCAAAUCUGCUAGAAGAACAGGUUGAGUUCAUCAGCUCUUUUCACAUCACCCACCACUGGCUGUCUUUUCUUUUGACUGCUGUGUCCAGAGAUGGUACUGAUUCUUCUCCACACCUAACAGAUGUUGCUGUGUUGUAGAUUAUUCUCUAUCCUCUUUUUGUACUCCAGCUUUGCCAUUUUCAGUCUCCUCUUCAACUCUUGUUGCACUUGUUUGAGUCGUUCUUUGUCACCAUCUUUAAAAGCUUUCUCUUUCUGGUAAAGGAUUGCUUUUAUGUCACUUGUGAUCCAGGGUUUGUUGUUGGGGAAGCAGCGAACAGUCUUUGUCGGUAUAACUGUGUGUCUACAGAAGUUGACAUAAUCAGUAAAGCAGUGAACCUGUUUAUCAAUGUUCAUACUAUCCACAUCUGUUUCCGGCAGCACAUUCUGGUCUGUUGAUUUAAAACAGUCCCUUAGAGCUUCACUGGCUUGAGGUGUCCAUCUUCUGAUUUUGACUUUGGUCACAGGCUGCCUCAGUACACAAGGUCUGUAACAGGUUUGCAGAUAGACCAAGUUAUGAUCUGACUUGCCCGGUGGUGGUAUGGCAGUGGCUCUGUAGGCUUCUUUGACGUUGGCAUACAGCAGAUCCAGGGUUUUGUUUUCUCUGGUAGGACAGUUGACAAACUGUGUGAAUCCAGUCAAGUGAGAGGAGAGGGUGACAUGGUUGAAGUCUCCUGAUAUUAUUAUUAGUGCCGCAGGGUGUUGAGUCUGUAGCCUGGCAAUGCUAUUUUGCAAAACAUCGCAACAUUCUUUAGUUGAUUUGGGUGGGAUGUAAACAAACUACUGUUAUGAUAUGACUAAAUUCUCAUGGAACAUAAUAUGGCCGAAGAGCAACUGCCAACAGUUCAAUAUCUGGACAACAUAACUUCUCCUUGACAGUUAUGUGUGAAGGGUUACAACAUCUCUGGUUGACAAAUAAAGCCAGACCUCCUCCUUUCUUCUUGCCACUAGCUUGAGCAUCUCUAUCUGACCUUAUGAGAGUGGAGCCAGGUAGAUCCAUACUGGAGUCUGAGUUGUUUUGAUUCAACCAGGUUUCAGUAAAACACAGGAAACUGCACUCAUGGUAUGCUGUCUCAGUCUUCACCAAUAUCUCCAGCUCAUCACUUUUGUUGGGCAGAGAGUUGAUGUUUCCCAUGAUGAUUGAUGGAAGAAAGGGUUUAUAUCUCCACCUCCUAGCAUUCAGCUUUGCCUUCACCUUUGCACCAGCACAGCAACCACGAAAAAAACACCUCCAGAUGUCCUUUGGAAUUGUAUGUUUUUGCCCAUAUUUGCUUUUCCUCAAUGAAAGGAGCUCUUCUCUUGAGUAAACUCUUCGCCCAGCAGAAGUAUCCAUCAGCAGCCAACAAAAUUACAACAAAAAUAUGAAAAAAAUCUAGCAUAAAUUACAAAAAUUACAGAUAAUACAGAGAGACCAGACUUGCAGCAACCUCUCGGUUCAAGCACAUCAUUUGAAUGAAUGGAUCCCAGCAAACAUGCUCAUUAACUUAUUUCAUUCCUGAAAAAAAGUAGCUGUAGUAUUGAAAGUUUGUACAAUAUUUAUCUUUAUACCAGACAGACAUAGUAGUUUUUUGCGGAAAAAAAAAAUGCUGUUACCAUUUGGUUCAAAAACAAUACAUAUAAAAAUGCUUAGGGGACUAGAUUCAAGCUUUAUUUUGAAAUAAAAAGGUCAGACAUACAGCUUCAUGUCAACAGGUGAGAGAGCAUGAAGGAGGCUCUUUACCUCAACCAUAUCGUCCUUAAUAUUUGGAGACUACUUGACCUAACUUGUGUAUCUUUUGGAGAACACACAUGCAAAGAAAAAACAUUAACUCCAGUCAGACUAUGGGUUUCACUUCUUAAACAAUCUUGCCUUUAGGCUACACUGUUUACCUCUGCACUAAUGAGUCACCACUGCUGACAGAUUCAGUAUCUCAUAUGAUUGCUUCUUUUGUCUCUCUUGAGCUGUCCUGUCCAACAAAAUCUAAAAAUGAUUUGAAAAAGGAGCUCUCCAUGUGUGUCAGUUCUGAUAUUCAUGUUCACCUCAAAGACUGUAAAGUUAUGGCCCCGCUCAGAGUCUCUUUAAAUCCUCCUGUCUUGCAUUUGUCACUUUUAACCCUUUUUUAAAGUUUUCAGAGCUCAUACUAACUGAAGAGAUUACUAUUAUGACUAUACAGAUGGGAAGCCAUAAUAUUUUUCACUGCAGCUUUUAACAAUUUAGCUCAUCUUGAUUCUGAUUUUUAUUUUCAAUACCUGCCUCAUCUCUGUCUGUCCUGCAGAAAAUCACAAAGUGAUCCUGACCAGCUUGUUUUUGAUGGACGACUGCUGAACUAUAGCGCCCAGCUCAUCUCUGCAGUCAAUACAGUUCUCAUGGAGAGUGGACUCAUGCCAACCACAGAUUAG